AUAUGGUUAAAAAGGACAGCUCAGUUUUGCCCACAACUCAGGAGAGAAUUCCCUUGAUACUUGUAAGCGUUUAGCAUUCCCUCCGCUAAUUACCCAGCGCUAGCUGACAAAAUAAUUACAAGAUAAACUUGUGAGUGAGUGAGCCACAGCAGCGGGGCGGGGAGUCCAUCAGCAACCUGAGCCAAACAGAGCUGUGAUCCAGGGUAACAGACGAGCUGUUCCGCUACAGAAAACCAUACACAUUUCCCCGACAGAUUUUAUGGAGGCUAUUUUGAACUGCAAACCAGAGGAAUUGGAGGAUUAUUACGGGUUAUUGGGCUGCGAUGAAUUGUCGUCGACUGAACAGAUUAUCAAUGAAUACAAGAUCCGAGCCUUGGCGUGUCACCCAGACAAACACCAAGGCAACCCAAGAGCAGUGGCAGAUUUUCAAAAACUGCAAGAAGCCAAAGAGGUUUUAUGCAAUGAAAACAAAAGGAAAAACUAUGACCUGUGGAGAAGAAGUGGUGUCACUAUUUCAUUCCACGACUGGCAAGCCUUGAAUGACUCCGUAAAAACUUCAAUGCACUGGGCUGUGAGAGAUAAGAAGGAGCCGAUGCUGGAGGCGUCAAAAGCAGAAAUCCCGAACACUUCCCAAGCAGAGGACUUUCACUGUGAGCAGGAGGCAUAUGAUGCCAUGCCAUCCUCAAGUGAUCACUGCCAUCGGCGUUUCCGUUGGGCCGCUGACUCUCCAUCAAGCCUACUGCAGAAGUUCAGAAAUUAUGAAAUCUAAAUAUAUCACCGGUUAUAUUUUGUUUAAAUGUUGUGUUUUUGUCUCCUUGUUGUCACUUACUAACACGAGACCCUGGUAACUGUGAUGUCAGUGUGUGUGAAUAUAAUCUGGCUGUAACUGUGUCUGUUACACAUGUGAAAUAUUUUGUCUCAUGAAAAUCUGAUAGUUGAGUAUUAAAUUAGGUGAAUGAUAUAUGUUGUUAUUUGUCUUGCACAGUCCUUAACCAUGUUCACUAACACACUGGAGAUUGGAGAACCAUGCCUGCUACUGGAGUACCCGAAUGCUGUAAUGUGUAUUUUUGUGCAGUUUAGUUCACAAUGUUGGGAACAUAAAACCGAAACAUGACAAGUCCAUUAUUUCCUUAUGUGCAUCAUUUGAAGUCUUCAGCUGUAAUGAAGAACAUAAAAAUCAUUACUUCAGUCGGAAACAGAACAUCCAGUUAGCUACUUUUGUGCAUCUGCAUGGCAUCAUUACGGCUGCAGUGAUUUACAGUUUAAAUAUAGAACCACUGACUUCCGUCUUUGCAUAGCUGGCAUGAAGUGUUGUCAGAAGUAAUUCAAAUCAUCCAGCAAAAUCAGAUUUACUUGGAGGUUUGUGGAAACAAAUGUUGCAACCAACUGGCAGAUGACAUAUCCUUAUAUCAAGUCAAACCUUUGUUAUAAUUGUAAAGUUUAGUUAGUGACCAGAUCAUAUGAAACAGAGACUGGAUUCCAAAUGUUACAUGUAAUCAGGUUUAACGGUCCAGAAAUUAGUAACAAAACUGGAAUUGUUGCUGUUAUUUACUAUUUCUCAUAUAACACCAUAAGGAUUGUUUUGAGUAUAUACUGUCUUCAUGUCAGCUGUACUGCAAGUGGUCUUAGAUGUAUGAAGGCUGGCUUCACACUAUAUGUCUUAUCUUUAGUCAUCCACGUUGUAAAUCAUGCAAUAAGGACUGAACGAGAUGCAGUAAGUUAAAUAAAGACUGAGAGACUAGGGAGUAAAUACAGGAACAGAACAAUGAUGAAGUUAUAUUGAUUUAAAAAAGUAGAUUAGAUCUGAAUAUUGAUCAACUGAUAAUUCUGAAGGUAGAAUGAACUGAAAUUAAUAUGUCGUCUGUAAAUUUAAAUAAAUGUGUGCGAUAUGAUUAAAAUGACAAUAUUUGUAGCAGUCUACAUAUAGUUUUAAAAUGUCAUCACCAUCUAUAUGAUUCUGCACUGUCCUUCAGUGGUAGAUGUUAAAUGCCAUAACCCUAACCCUAACCCAAAGAAGAGAGGCCUGCUUACUUAACAAAUGUAUCCAACAAUAAACAUCUUCACAGAUA